UUUGCGGAAGUGAAGACGGUUGGAAAGAAUAAAUUAAAAUAGCAACCGUUCCCUAAGGUAGAACGAAUGUUUCACUUGCGGCAGUAAGCAAAGAUGCAGACGGAUGAUGAUGAUGAUUCUCAUUCUCAUUCUCAUGAUUCUCAUUCUCAAAACGACUUGGUGAAGACUUCCGGGAGUUUUUGCGUGCUCGUUGGAGUCACUGGUAGCGUGGCUGCCCUGAAACUUCCUCUUUUGGUCUCUGAACUUCUUCACCUCCCAGGGGUGGAUGUAAGAGUGGUCACCACUGAACAUGCACAGCACUUCUAUAACCCCGAAGAGGUUUCAGUAAAAGUUUAUAGUGACAAAGAUGAGUGGGAGAUGUGGAGUGAGAGAUCUGACCCGGUGCUACACAUUGAGCUCAGGCGCUGGGCAGACCUGCUCAUCAUCGCCCCCCUUGAUGCAAACACGCUUGGAAAGAUUGCUAAUGGUAUUUGUGACAACCUGCUGACGUGUGUGGUGAGAGCCUGGAAUACUAGUCGCCCCCUCCUCUUCUGCCCUGCGAUGAACACUUCUAUGUGGCAGCAUCCCAUCACAGCCCAGCAAGUACACAGGCUGAAAGAGUUUGGCUAUGUGGAAAUCCCCUGCAUUGCAAAGAAGCUGGUGUGUGGAGACAAAGGCAAAGGCGCCAUGGCGGAGGUGUCGACUAUCAUCACCGUUAUCAAGCAGUACCUUCAGCAAACCAGUGAGGCAUCUCCACAAACAUGAACAGCAGAGCAGGCAACACUUUCACUGACUUGUAUCGUUUCACCGAAGCAAGACGUCUUUGUUUGUUACUUCCUCUUUUUACUCACUGGCGACUUUUUACUCACUGCCCCCCCCCCACACACACACACACUGCCUGGCCAAAGCAAUGCCAGAAUACAGCCAUCCAUCCAUUUUCUGUACCACUUAUCCUCACAAGGGUUGCACGUGAGCUGGAGCCAAUCCCAGCUGACUUUGGGUGAGGGGCGGUGUACACCUUGAACUGGUCACUAGCCAAUCGCAGGGCACAUAUUAACUAACAAUCGUUAACACUCACAUUCAGACCUACGGACCAGAGAACCGUGGGGAGAGCAUGCCAACUCCACAGACAAAUGCCGAAUAAAGCCCAAUGAAGUUAUUUUUCCUCAUCGAUUCAGUGUCAUUCAAAAGAAAUUUGACAGUUUAAGUUAAGAUGAAAGUCACUGAUGGUGUAGUGGAACACUCGCCUGACUUUGGUGUGGGCAGUGUGGGUUCAAUUCCCACUCAGUGACGGUGUGAAUGUGAGUGCCAAUGGUUGUCCGUGUCUAUAUGUGCCCUGCGAUUGACUGGCGACCAGUUCAGGGUGUAGUUCGCCUUUUGCCUGAAGUCACCUGGAAUAGGCUCCAGCGCCCCACGACCCUGAGCAUGAUAAGUGUGUUGAAAAUGGAUGGAUGGAUGGAAGUUAAGACAACAUUAUUAUUGGAACCUGAGAAUGUUUUUUCCCCCAAGGUGGCCUUUAUCUGCUAUCAGUUGGGGCAUAACUCAGUCCUUACCUCCCUAAACGACCCUGACGCGCCCACUUGUCAGCACACAGAGUUGCAUUGUUGAUUUCUGUACAUGGGAGUAGGGAAGACAGUGCAUACCAAGGGGCUUCAGACCCACGGAGCACACAGAAUAAAAUGCAUACAACAUUCUUUGAACAAAAGUACUGCUAAAAGCGCUCAUUGAUCAAUAAUUAAACAUUUCCGUCUAGUCGUCAGUAGUUUGCGCAUACACCGGAUUGGAGAGGCCUGAUGGAAUACACUGCAAUUGUUAGCCACCAUGAAUUAUUUCUUUGUAAUUUUUAUUGAUUAAUUUUUUUUUUUACAAUAAAAUAAAUAUAUCAUCCGCUUUCUCUCAUGGCUGACACCGAGGCGCUCGAAAGUGACCACGCCAGCGAACUAUCCAAAGGAAAAAUUUAUUUUUGGGACGUAGGCAUAGCUAGCCAGCUAACUGCAUGUAGCAAUUGUCCCGGAUAACUGCUGAUGCAAACAGAGGCUCUCAAAUUCUUAUAUAGUGGAGGAGGGGCAACUCAUGCAGACUAGCCGCCUACCACUCAAGCUGUUGACUCUCAGAAAUGUAUCUAAUUUUGAUGCGGCUUUGGAUCUGCCAGACCUCUUUGCGUCAGUUUCCCCCCAUUUUCUGAGCGCCUUUUGAUGGCGAAACAGACUGUACUCACUGUCAUCUUGACUUUCUUUGCAAUUUCUCUGUAGAAAGACUGCCGCUUAUGUGUUUUGAUGGUCUGUCGGUCUUGUCUCUCUUUCAUUUUCAAUGAACCUUUUCUUGUAUUGUUUAUAGCAACACUACACUACUGUUCCAAUAGUGGCUGUGAAUAUUCUCAUUCAUUCAGGUCAUGCGUGCCUCUAUUUUAGGGAAUUCUUUCUGCACUUAAAUGCGGCCUACAGCUGUCCGAUCUAGCCUUGGUGCAUGAACUGAUGAAACUUGCUCAGAUGACAACUGAAACAUCUUCUAAGACAAACAGAACCGUGCAUCCAAUCCAUCCAUUUUCUGAGCCGCUUCUCCUCACUAGGGACACGGGCAUGCUGGAGCUAUCCCAGCUAUCAUCGGGCAGGAGCGGGGGUACACCCUGAACUGGUUGCCAGCCAAUCGCAGGGCACAUACAAACAAACAACCAUUCGCACUCACAUUCACACCUACGGGCAAUUUAGAGUUGUCAGUUAACCUACCAUGCAUGUUUUUGGGAUGUGGGAGGAAACCGGAGUGCCCAGAGAAAACCCAUGCAGGCGCGGGGAGAACAUGCAAACUCCACACAGGCGGGGCCGGGGAUUGAACCCCAGUCCUCAGAACUGUGAGGCAGACGGUCUAACCUGUCGUCCACCGUGCCCCCCUGAACUGUGCAAUUGCUAUCUAUUUAAUGCUCUUCGAAUGGUCAAAUAAUUCUUACUAGGGAAUUGUGCCACAGUGUUCCAAACGUACUGUUAUGCAGACAGACGGCGUUGUAAGUAGACAAGUUGGCACACUUGUAGGAAUUGGUAACACCAACUUUCAAGGCUUAAUCAGCAUCCAUUGCUGCAGAACAGCUUUGAGUUAUUAACCCAUGUCUUGUUAACUUAAAAAGCCUUUUGUAUAAUUCUGAAAUUCACAUAAUCUUUCCGUUUUGGUUCACCUUGCCUGUUUGUUUAACCCCUGGCAGUUUACCACUGACCUUUGUACAAUUUUAAGCUAUUCAUUUGACUUGAACUGCUCGACUUUCAAAACAAAACUUGAGAAAUUGGGAUGUUCUAAAACGUUUGACCAGUAAUUACAUCAGCUCCACAGCCAAUCUCUUAUCUCUGAACAUGACUAUGUGCAGCCUGUGUUAUAAACUUGUUUAACACUAUAACUAUUGGUCAGUGUAUGUUCUGUGCAAUUAUAAUAUUUGCCAUUGGUUGUUUAUAGAUUGCAUGCUGUGAAAUAAAUGACUCAGUUCCUGUCA